GCUGGCCGUACCUCACCUCCCUCAGGAUGCUUGGUGGUCAGCAAAUCAGCCAGCUCAGGACAGUACAGUACCUUCCAGUCUGCUGUCAAUGCUCUGAGCACAUCCAGCACAUCGUCGCAAUGUAUCUUCCUUUACCAGGGAACCUACAAUGAGCAGGUCUACAUCCAGGCUCUCAAAGGUCCUUUGACCAUUUAUGGUUACACAACCGACACCUCUGGAUAUGCUGGCAACACUGUCACAAUCACUCAAAAGCUCAGCCAGGACGAUGUCUCGGGCAACGACUUGACCGCAACGCUCCGAGCUUGGUCGCCCAACUUCAAGGUGUACAACAUCAACUUGGUCAACACUCGCGGCAAGGGAUCUCAAGCUUUGGCCGUCAGUGCCCAAGCCGACAAGCAAGGCUAUUAUGGCGUCCAAUUCAAAGGAUACCAGGAUACCAUCCUUGCAAAUAAGGGUGCUCAAGUCUACGCCAAAUGCUACAUUGAGGGCGCAACGGAUUUCAUCUUCGGUCAAACGGCAACUGCCUGGUUCGAUGGAUCUGACAUUCGCGUGCUUGCUGCAUCAGUCGGAUAUAUCACCGCCAAUGGACGCGACUCUUCUUCCAAUCCCUCAUUCUAUGUCAUCAACAAGAGCAAUGUUGCCGCUGCUUCGGGUAACAGUGUGACUAAGGGAGCUUAUUAUCUCGGCAGGCCAUGGCGAAACUAUUCGAGAGUCGUCUUCCAGAACACCAAGUUGUCGAAUGUGAUCAACAGUGCCGGGUGGGUAAUCUGGAACACGGGAGAUGCAAGGACGGACAAUGUCUAUUAUGGAGAGUACGCAAACUCAGGAGAUGGAGCUUCGGGAACAAGGGCCAGCUUCUCCAAGAAAUUGUCUUCUCCUGUAGCAAUCGCUACGGUGUUGGGAAGUGGCUACACCAGUUGGGUGGAUACAUCCUACUUGUCUUAA